GAGGAACUUUAAAAAGUCAUACAAAAACUCGGUGGUCCACAAUGUGGGAUUGUUUUGAUUCAAUUAUUCUCUCAGAACAUGAAAAUGAUCUUUCAAAUCAUAUUAAAGAUAUUUUAAAUGAUUUGGAUUUUUAUAAAAAUU